AUGGUGGACAACUCACCAGAAGAUGGACAUACAGCGUUUGAUUCCAAGCAAGAAAAUCCAGAUACCGGAAACAAUGACGCAGACCUGACCCUUCAUCAAGGAACCAGCGACCAACAUAAAGAAGGCACCUCUGGGCUCAAAAACCCAAAGGAACUAGAACGACAACGAGAGGCAAAGCAAAACCUCAGGGAGGAAAUAGAACGACGAAAAGAGUUGGAAGAAAAACUCACAAAGCUUGAAUCCUCCCUUAAAGGCCGAGACUCCCGCGGCAACCGAGAAGAGUCGCCCUUGGGAGGAGAGGACCCGUUCAGCGAGGACAUAAUGAGGGCGAAGGUUCCAAGAAACUUCAAAAGUCCUGAUAUGAACCUCUAUGACGGAACUACAGACCCAAAGCAUCAUUUAAGCAAUUUCAAAAGUCGGAUGUAUCUGGCUGAUGUUUCUGAUGCAACACGUUGCAAGGCUUUUCCGACCACCCUGUCAAAAGUGGCGAUGAAGUGGUUCGAUAGCCUCCCUCCAAGGUCGGUUACCAGCUUUGAGGACCUCUCAAGAAAAUUUCUGAUGCGAUUCUCCAUCCAGAAGGAUAAAGAGAGAGCGGAAAAGUACAUCAACGUGGAGAAAAAUGCCAGACUGAGAGAGUCGAGUUGGCGAUCUGGGCACCCUCCCGCGAUAAAAGAAAGGGAGAGGGAGCCCAAGAAGAAAGAAGACCCCGAUCUCGACAGACCCAGGAAAUAUCACUCUUAUACUCCUCUAAAGGUUUCUAUAGUGGACGUAUACAGAGAAAUUUGCAAUACUGAAAGGCUGCCGCCUCCCAGACCCAUUAAAAAUAAAAAAGGGGGGAGUCACAACGAUUACUGCGAGUACCAUAAAAUAUAUGAAAAGCUGGCCAGAGAAGGCCGACUUGACAGACAUCUCAUGGAAAGGUCGGACAAUCAUGGGAAGAGAAAGCGAGAUGACGUGGAUAGAAGAGACCCACCACCGCAGACUCCAGAGAGACAUAUACAUAUGAUCUCAGGUGGAUUCGCGGGAGGGGGACUCACCAAGUCCUCUCGCAAGAGACACCUCAAGCGAGUCUACCAGAUCGGGAGCGAAUCGCCCGACCUUCCUACCAUCUCAUUUACAAAGGGGGAUGGGCAAGGAGUAAUCCCUGGACACGACGAUCCAGUGGUGAUAACCAUGAUCCUAGCCAAUGCCCAUCUCCACAGAACUCUAGUAGAUCAAGGAAGCUCGGCGGACAUCCUUUUCAAACCCGCGUUUGACAAGCUAGGAUUGGAUGAGAGGGAGCUAAGAGCCUACCCCAACACCUUAUACGGGCUAGGCGACACACCAAUAAAGCCACUGGGAUUCUUACCCCUUCAUACUACCUUUGGAAAGGGGGGAAAAUCCAAAACUCUGAGUAUAGACUUCAUAGUCAUCGACGUAGGGUCAGCAUAUAAUGCCCUAAUCGGAAGAGCUACCUUGAAUCGACUCGGAGCGGUGGUGUCUACCCCCCAUCUCUGUAUGAAAUUUCUGACACCAGCGGGGAUAGCAACGGUGCGGAGGGACCAGAAAUUGGCAAGAAAGUGCUACAAUGAAAGCUUGAACCUAAGGGGAAAAGGCAAAGAGGUUCACACCAUAAAGCUCGGCGGUGCAAGGGCCAAAGAAGAUUACGACCACAGCCAGGAGGAAAAACCGAGGAAAUACAGGUCGGCAAAGAGGAGGGAAAAAAUACCAACAUAG